AUGACAGUCGAUCUAGCACAUCUGUGGGUGUACCUGGGGUUGUUGGUAGGAGGAGGUUUAUUCUAUGGCUUCAGUAUUGUCGUCUACCGAGUCUUCUUCCACCCUCUAGCCAAGUACCCGGGUCCUUUCAUGGCCAAGAUCACAGAUGCCUACCAGCUCUACCACGCCUGGAAGGGCGACAGGCAGAUCGAGUUCUGGCGCAUGCACGAAAAGUACGGCCCCGUCGUCCGCUUUGGCCCUAACUUGGUCUGCUUCAACUCGAACAAGGCCCUCAAGGACAUCUACGGCUUCCGCUCAAACGUCCGCAAGGCCGAGUUCUACAAUGCCUUUGUUCAUCCCACUGCCAACACCCACAACACUAGCGACAAGGAGGUCCACGCCCGCAAGCGCCGUGUCAUGUCUCAGGCUUUCUCCGAGAGUGCCAUGAAGGAGAUGCAGCGAUACAUCCUGGGUAAUGUUCGCACUUUCUGUGAGCAGAUUGGCAUGCUGGAAGGCUCUGGCGAGGACACCAAGGGCUGGACCAAGCCUCGCAAGAUGAGCGAUUGGUGCAAUUACCUUGCUAUGGAUAUUCUUGGUGAUUUGUGCUUCGGAAAGGCUUUCCACAUGCUCGAGAGCCCAACCAACCGUUUCGCUCUGCAGCUUGUUGAAGCCGCCACCACACGCCAUCUUCUUUGCGGAACCAUGCCUAUCGUCAACAAGUUGAACCUGGACAAGAUCCUCUUCCCUGGACUCGCUGCCGGCCGUGCUCGUUAUAUGGCGUACAGCAAGGGUCAACUCACCGAGCGCACCAAGCUUGGCGAGGAGACUGACCGUCGCGACUUCUUCUACUACCUCCUCAAGGCUCGCGACCCCGAAACUGGUCAGGGAUUCAGCACUCCUGAGCUUUGGUCCGAAUCCAACCUUCUUAUCAUUGCUGGUUCCGACACUACUUCUACUGCCAUGGCUGCCACCCUCUUCUACCUCGUCCGAUGCCCCCGCGCUCUCAAGAGAGCCACCGAAGAAAUCCGAAGCAAGUUCAAUGACGUUGAGGAAAUCUGCCAGGGCGCUACUCUUGCAUCUUGCACCUACCUCCGCGCCUGCAUCGAUGAAGCUAUGCGAAUGAACCCAUCUGUCGGUGGUAUCCUCCCCCGUGAGGUUCUUUCUGGAGGCAUGACUAUCGAGGGCCAUGUCAUUCCUGAGGGCACUGUCGUCGGCGUUCCUCACUACACGAUCCACCACAACGAGUCCUAUUACCCCUCUCCUUAUGAGUACGUGCCCGAGCGAUGGCUCGUGGGUACCCUCAACCCCCUCACUGGUCAAAACACAACCGAGGCCGAGGUCGCUCUGGCUUCCAGCGCAUACUGCCCCUUCAGCGUUGGACCCCGUGGUUGCAUCGGAAAGGGUCUUGCCUAUGUUGAGAUGACAAACACUCUCGCUCGCACCAUGUACAUGUAUGAUAUGCGCAAGGCCGUCGGUAUUGUCGAUCCUGCUGAGGGCAACCCCAAGAAUGAAUGGGGUCGACACCGACCUGGUGAGAUGCAGCUGGUUGACAUUUUUACGAGUGCAAAGAACGGACCGAUGGUUGAGUUCCGAAAAGCUGACCACAUGUCAUCUUAA